AUUCAUUUUGGAAAAUGCCACACAGAAAAUUUGGUGAUGGUGAUGUGGUGAUGGGUCGUUGGCCUGGAAGUGUCCUCUAUUAUGAAGUACAGAUAACUAGCUACGAUGACCUCACUCACCUUUAUACUGUUAAAUACAAAGAUGGAACUGAGCUUGAGUUGAAAGAAAGUGAUAUAAAGUCAGUAUCAGCAUUUAAGCAUAGGAAAAGCAAUUCAAGCUCUCCUUCUAGACGUGGUGGUAGCAGAUCAAGAUCUCGGUCUCCUGGCCGGCCAGCAAGAGGGAGACGUCGUUCUUCCUCCCAAGGCAGAGAUGCUAAAGAUGACAAAAAGAAAGCAAUUAGAGAAACUAAAUUAACACCUGAGAAACUGAAUGAGAACAAUACAAGCAGGUAUAAUGGGGAGCCUGACAGUACGGAAAGGAACGACACUUCCCACAAAAUCUUACAGCAAAAGGUUGAUUUGGACCUAGAAAUAGACCGUGUGCUUGAUCAAUACCGUGUGCGUUCAAGAAAAGAAGAUAAGACAAAGGAGGAAACGUAUUCAGAAAAACGAAGUUUUGAGGCAGCAAAAACUAUUGAGAAAGCAUCAGCACAGACAAAAGAGCUAGAAUUUGGUGGAAGAAUUGGGACCUUCUGCAUGAUAGUUUUCAUGCCUGCAACUGUGCUUUACUUGCUGUUGAUGUGCAAACAGGAAGACCCCAGUAUUAUGAACUUUCCUCCACCUUUGCCUUCUUUUGAUAGCUUGUGGGAAACUAGAGUGUUUGGUGUCUGGCUUGUAUGGUUCUUUCUCCAAGCUCUGUUUUACUUGCUGCCAGUUGGAAAGGUUGUAGAAGGAACACCACUUUUGAAUGGCAGGAAACUACAGUACAGGAUAAAUGGAUUCUAUGCUUUUGCUCUAACUGCAGCAGUCGUAGGAAUAUCUUUGUAUUUUGAAUUAGAGCUUCAUUAUUUGUAUGACCACUUCCUGCAGUUUGCAGUCUCAGCUAUAGUUUUUUCUGUGGUGUUCAGCAUUUAUCUUUACAUUCGAUCUCUGAAAGCACCUGAGGAAAAUCUGUCACCUGGUGGGAAUUCUGGGCGCUUUAUAUACGACUUCUUUACUGGCCGUGAAUUAAACCCUCGCAUUGGAAAUUUUGACCUCAAAUACUUCUGCGAGUUACGUCCAAGCUUAAUUGGCUGGGUGGUUGUGAACUUGGCAAUGCUGUUGGCUGAGAUGAAGAUACAUAAUCAGAAUGCGCCAUCUUUGUCAAUGAUACUGGUUAAUAGUUUUCAACUUCUGUAUGUAAUGGAUGCUCUUUGGCAUGAGGAAGCUAUCUUGACGACUAUGGACAUUACCCAUGAUGGGUUUGGAUUCAUGCUAGCAUUUGGAGAUUUGGUAUGGGUUCCGUUUAUCUUCAGCUUACAGGCUUUCUAUCUAGUCGGUCAUCCAAAUGAGAUUACCUGGCUUGCUGCUUCUGCAAUUAUUAUUCUAAAUAUGUCUGGGUAUUACAUUUUCCGUUGUGCAAACUCACAAAAAAAUGCAUUUCGGAAGAAUCCAAAGGAUCCCAGAUUGGCCCACUUGAAAUGUAUUCCUACUGCAACUGGAAAAAGUCUGCUAGUCUCAGAUUGGUGGGGUUUCGUUCGUCACCCUAACUAUCUAGGUGACGUCAUUAUGGCUCUGGCUUGGUCUCUACCAUGUGGCUUUAAUCACAUUUUACCAUAUUUCUAUGCGAUUUACUUCACCUUGUUCAUCAUUCAUCGAGAAGCUCGUGAUGGACGUCAGUGUAAGAAAAAAUAUGGUUUAGCGUGGGACAGAUACUGUCAGCGUGUACCAUACCGCAUAAUUCCUUACAUCUACUAAACACUCCAGGAACAUGGUUUGCAAACUGCUACGAAAUUACAGCUAUUUUGCAAAUAAAAGCAUACCUCUUACCUUUGCACUUGGCCUAUUUGGUAAAUUAUUUAGGCUUUUAAAGAUGUGAUUAAGCAGUCCAGUGUAGUAGCUGCAUUUAACAAAUAACCUCAUGUGCAUUAGUUAUGUUAAAUGGACUGUCUCAUUGGUGACUUUUAGAAACAACUCUGAAAAGGAGGAAGAAUUUAGUGCAAGGUCAAUCAAAACUAUGGAAAUGUUUGUAUCUGGGUUUUUUUUCUAAUCUUGGAGUCCGGGGGGGGGUUGGUUGAGUUCAGGUUUAAUUUCCUGAGUUUACAUUUUAAAAUUACAUUUCAUUGAACACUGUGAUGUAAAAUAGGUUUUUG